AUGGCUCCUAGAGACGAGCGCUUCCAUCGACGUGGUGGCAUAGGCGAUAGUCACCGCAACGGCAACGCCUGCACCAACGCUGGAGUGAACCGCCAUCGUCCACCUGAUGCGAGGGCUUCCGCGGAUGAACCUAGCAGUGACGGCGGAACCAACCUUGGUACUGAUACAGGCGUGAAGUACUCCCCGCUCAUCUAUGCUCCGGUCGACAACAGCAACAACCUCAGCCAAAACCCCAUCUUCGCCGGCUCCCAGCCCACCCAAUUCACGGACGCCCCAGAUCCUCCAUCGCCUCCCAUUUGGCUCGCUAGACCUGCGCAAACUGCCCGCCCCAUCCGCAUGUUCAACGAGCCUGUUGCCCAGGAGGCCGUAGAUGCCAAAGGCGAAGGACAGCCAACCACUCCAAAGCGACCGGUCUACAACUAUCGCGGCAAAGAUCCCAUCAAGAGGCUCGUGUCGAAUCCGAAACUCCAAGCUGUCCUGGCAGGCAGGUCGAUUCCCGCAGAGAGGAAGAAGCAUAAGGACGACCGCAUGGACCUGAGAAUGGGGGCCAGCAAGGUUACGAAGUAG